AUGGUGUACAUGGUCUCGAUCACUUUUCUCUCUCUCUCUACUUUUCCCUGGCUCUUCGUCCCCUCCGCCCCCUCCACCUGCGGCUCCAGCAAGCCUCGCGCCUCCCCAAGCCCCGCGCCUCCGCCAAGCCCAGCGCCGCCGCCAAGCCCUGUGCCGCCUCCGUCUUCAUCGGAAGCGAGCCCCGGUCCUCCGCCGCCUGCCGCUCUAGCACCCCCACGGUGGGCUUCGCUGCAGGCCAGCAGCACCUCACGGCGGGCUUCGCUGCAGGCCAGCGCACCUGCGCGUCACUUCGUCGAGCCGCACCUGCGCGUCGCCUCGUCGAACCGCAGGUUCAAGCCGCACCUUCGCUGCAGGCGAGCCGCAGGUUCAAGCCGUCACCUGCGCGUCACCUCGUCGAGCCGCAGGCUCAUCUACAGAUCCAACCCAACUUCUCCACCAUAUCUACGAGGUGUCAUCGUCGUGGUGGAAAUCACUGAGAAAUCGCUGAAGAAUCGUAGGUUGCUAAAUUGGGGUAGUAAAAAUUACUAAAUCACUCUACUCUUUAAUAUUUUGCCUCAGUUU